AUUAGUGCUAUUUGAUAAAGAAAAUGGGUCGACACAGAUCCAGAUCGUCGUCUUCAUCAAAUGACUCGGAUUCUACGAGUUCAAGCACAGACGGAAACGAAUCACGUAGUCGUGGUACCAAAAGACGUCAUAAAUUAUACAACGAAAAAAGGUACGUGUCCCCUAAGCCAUCCACUAGUCGCGAGAUAAAUACACCUUCGCCCCCUCCUAGUGAUAAAAUCACUCGAUUAGAGAACUUGGUGGAGAAAUUGAUAAGAAGUCGAAGUGAGACGAAAGUAUAUAACAGACAGUUUUUGGGAAAAUCCAAAUGUAUACCAGAAUUCGCCCCUGGAAACCCAAAUCUAUCCAUUAACAAAUGGAUUCAUAAGAUAGAGCAAUUAAGCGCGAUAAAUAUGUGGGACGAUGCAACAACGGUUUACCAUAUGCAGAAUCGGUUAACUGGUUUGGCGAAAAAGUGGUACGAAAACUUAAAAACGUACGAUUAUACUUGGGUAGAAUGGAAAAGGAUAUUAGUAAAAUCAUUUCCCGAACAUCACGAUUUUGCCACAGUUUUAAGAAAACUCGUUCAGCGCACAAAGUCGAGUAACGAAUCUUGGGAGCAUUAUUAUUUUGAAAAAAUGGAACUAAUAAACGCAUGCGAGAUUAAAGGAAAGAAAGCAGUGUCGUGCCUUAUUGACGGAAUUCCGGACGCGACGCUUCAGGCGGGAGCGCGAGCAGGAAGAUACGAAUCACCAAGUCUGCUUUAUGCGGAAUAUCUUUCGACACUCACAUCCGGAAUUUCUACAAUCGAAAAGGUAUCACAUCGUGACACCGCGAAUGUCCAAAAGAACCUGACUGAUUCCUCUCCCAAAAAAAUGGAAUUCGGUAAUGAGAAAAGGGCCUCGCGCUGUUACAACUGUAAGGAAACGGGACAUUUUUCUAAUAAGUGCCCAAAACCGAGGUUAGAGUGCAAAAAGUGCAGGCGUUUGGGACAUUCGGAAAAAGAAUGUAGACGAUUUCCAUUUACUGUGAAAACUCAUUUGAUAAGCCAACAAGCAAAAGUUGUGAAAGAUUCUGACUUGAAUGGGGUUGCUCCCACUGGAGCUACUCCCUAA